UUGGGCAUUUUGAGAUGGGACGUAUUAUGGGUGUGCCGAAUUGGGGAGUUUUUGUUCAAUGGGCUGAAUUGAAGGAGCGCCGCGAUUUUGUUCAAUUUUGCGCCGCUUUGAUCUUGCGCCGUUUCGGUCGCGUCGUUUUGGCCUGCGCCGUUUUGUACUCAUAA